GAUCGCGGGGCUCAGGCCCGGCCGCAGGAAGUGACUCGCAGCCGCUGCGGGGACUCUGGCUCCCGGCGAGAUCCCCGAGCCCCGGCGGCUGGUGCUGGGAGCCCGGAGCCCGGGCUGCAGCCGGGAGGGGGGAACCUCCAGCCGGGCCCUGCCCGCUGCUCCCCGGGAGCCUCUCCCAGGGCAGAGCCCCCAGCCCGGCCAGGGCCCCUUCCCGGCCCGGCCCCUGCCCCGGGGGGCCCCGCUCGGAGGGAAGGCUGAGGAAUCACGUCCAAGUUUCUCUCCAGAUGGUCCCAUCUUCCAGGGGACAGGGACGGGAAAUGGCUGUGAUGGAGCCAGCUCAGAUGCCGGUGACCUUCGAGGAGGUGGCUGUGUAUUUCACCCAGGGGCAGGGAGCUCUGCUGGACCCCGCUCAGAGAGCCCUCUACAGGGAUGUCAUGGAAGAGAAUUACGAGACGGUGACCUCCCUGGGAUUCUCCAGUCCCAAACCGGACCUGAUCGCCCGGCUGGAACGAGGGGAAGAGCCGUGGGUCCCGGAUCUCCAGGCCACUAAGGAAGGAGAGAGCCUGAGAGGGGCCCGCACAGCAGGUGAUAGGACAGUGAGUGAGAACAAGGAGGAGAAUCAGCAGCAGGAAGGUCCUCGGAAAGUGGAACCGCAGUGGAUAUUUUUGAGAAGAGCUGAGAAGAAUUUUUCCCAGUGCUUGGAACAAGGAGAAGCCUGGGGAGAUCAACACAGAUCAGAGAUGCAGCUGGGAAAUUAUCUUAGGAACAAACUAGGUGAAUCUACUGAACGUGGCGGAGGAUGCAAGGAUCCUAAGGAAACCACAAUCCAGCAGACAAGUUACAGUGAAGAGAAACCCUACAAAUGCCUUGAGUGUGGGAAAAGAUUCCGUUUCAGUGCAAACCUUAUUAGCCAUGGGAGAACCCACACAGGAGAGAAGCCCUAUAAAUGCGUAGACUGUGGGAAAAGCUUCAGUGAGAAGCCAUGUCUUAUUAUACACCAGAGACUGCACACAGGAGAGAGACCCUAUAAAUGCUUUGAGUGUGGGAAAAGUUUCCGUUUGAAAUCAACCCUUUAUACACAUCAGAAAACCCACACAGGAGAGAAACCCCAUAAAUGCCUGGACUGUGGGAAAACUUUCAGUUUCAAAUCUACUCUUAAUACACAUCAGAAAACCCACACAGGAGAGAAACCCUAUAAAUGCCUGGACUGUGGGAAAACUUUCAGUCGGCGCUCACACCUUACUCUACAUGGGCGAAUCCACACGGGAGAGAGACCCUAUAAAUGCCUCGAGUGUGGGAAAAGUUUCAGUGUGAAAUCAACCCUUAAUACACAUCAAAAAACCCACACAGGAGAGAAACCCCAUAAAUGCCUGGACUGUGGGAAAACUUUCAGUCGGCGCUCACACCUUACUCUACAUGGGCGAAUCCACACGGGAGAGAGACCCUAUAAAUGCCUCGAGUGUGGGAAAAGUUUCAGUUUGAAAUCAACCCUUAAUACACAUCAGAAAACCCACACAGGAGAGAGACCCCAUAAAUGUUUGGACUGCGGGAAAAGCUUCAGUCAGCACUCACAUCUUACUAAUCAUAGGAAAAUCCAUAUGGCAGAGAGACCAUAUAAAUGCCUUAAGUGUGGGAAAAGUUUCAUUCAGCACUCAAACUUUAUUAGACAUCCGUGUCUGAAGACAAGAGAGAGACGCCAUAAAUGCCUUCAGUGCGAGAAAGUUUUUAUUACUGCAUCACACCUUGUUAGACAUGAGAGAACCCAUACGGGAGAGAAACUGCAUAAAUGCUUGGACUGUGGGAAAACUUUCGGUCAGACCUCGUAUUUUAUUAAACAUAGGAGAAUCCAUACAGGAAACAGACCUUAUAAAUGCCUUGAGUGUGGGAAAAGUUUUAUGGAAAGUUCAUCCCUUAUGAAACAUGGGCGAAUUCACACUGGAGAAAGACCGUACAAAUGCCUCGAGUGUGGGAAAAGUUUUAUGGAAAGUUCAUACCUUACUAAACAUGGGAAAAUCCACACUGGAGAAAGGCCCUAUAAAUGCCUCAACUGUGGGAAAGAUUUUAUCACAAACUCAGCGCUUACUAACCAUAGGAGAAUUCACACGGGAGAAAGGCCCUAUAAAUGCCUCGAAUGUGGGAAAAGUUUUAUGGAAAGUUCAUCCCUUACUAAACAUGGGAGAGUCCACACAGGAGAAAGACCCUAUAAAUGCGUUGAGUGUGGGAAAAGUUUCAGUUUGAAAUCAACCCUUAAUACACAUCAGAAAACCCACACGGGGGAGAAACCCCAUAAAUGCCUGGACUGUGGGAAAACUUUCACUCGGCGCUCACACCUUACUCUACAUGGGAGAAUCCACACGAGGGAGAGACCUUAUAAGUGCCUUGACUGUGGGAAAAGCUUCAGUAAGAGCUCAGAGCUCACCAAACAUCAGAAAUCUGCAAGGGAGAGAGACCCUAGAAAUAGCUUGUCUGCAGGAAAAGAUUCAAUUUUACUUCACACUUCAGUGACCCGCACAGCAGAGACACCUUGAACGUCGGGGAAAGUUCAUUUGGUGGUCCUGGAGUAUCAGCAUCAGCAAAUCCGCACAGCGAAGAAACCUCUGAGAUGUUCUCAGUGUGGAAAAUGCUCCAAGUGGUGCUAACACCAUGUUGGACAUCAGAGACUCCUCCACACAGCAGGGAAAUUCUCUCAGGGCCCUGACAAGGGCUGGCCAUGGUGACAAACGCAUUUCCUCGUUCCCACACACAUCAAGGGCAUUUGGCUCCCAAGGAUCCACCUGCCCAUUGCUGGGGUGAGGAUCCAGCAGCAGCCGGUCAGUGAACAUCUGGCUCUGCCUGGUCUAAGCAAACCCCAGGCAGAGGAGAAGCCCCCAUCAGCCCCUCCUCCCUGCUACAGCCCUGUCUACUGAGCUGAUGGGCCACAGGCGGGGGAAGGGAGAGAGAGAGAGAGAGAAACUCCUCCAACUGGUCCCUCUUGUCUGGCUGAAAUUCCCCCCUCUCCCUUCCUCUUCCAGCUUGGAUCCCCCUGCCAUGGAGAGGAGGAGGAGGACACUUGGGGUAGGCCCCGCCUUCACUCUACACAUCUGUCCCCACCCCCCAUCUUGCACCAGCCCCUGGGCUGGGCUCCCCCACUUACCUGGAGCUGUUCCCUGCAGGGGGAGUGUCCCUGGGGGCUGAUAACUCCUCCCCUCCCUGAAUCCCCCAGGGUGCUGGGCUCUGGGGGAUCAAAUAUUGAGGGACCGGGCCGAUGGGUUGGGGGGAGGAAACUGGGUGUUGAAUGGUUGGGGCUGGGGGAGCUGGGUGCUGGGGCUAUCGAGUGUUUGGGGAUCAUGGGAUAAGAGGAGAGGGAGAGCACAGGGAUAGAGAGGUGCUGCCUCUUCUCACUCACCCCCUCUUCCCCUUCUCCCUGCCCCCGCUGCAUUCAGACAGCACCACUGAGAGGGGCCGAUUCCCACAGGGCCUUUUGUGGGACACGUGGAGAUCUCACCCCUGCCUAUGUAGCCUCAUUCUCUGAGGUUCUCUCUGUGGUCGGAAACGUGGUUGGGAUUAGCCAGAGCAUCUCUAUAUCCCUCCACCAGGUUUCCUGGUGUAAACUGUCUGACACUGGCAGAGCAGGUGCCAGAGCCCUAGACCAAUUCACUUGUGUAUUAGGAUAGGCUAGAUCAAAGUGACUGUUAAAUGUAUACGUGUGUAGUUGGCGUUUAAACUUCAUGACAACCAAUAGGAUGUUACUUGCAUUUUUUCACUUAACUAUACCUUGUUAUAAUGUAGUAGCAAACAUUUGCAUUGUGUAUACCCCUGUAAUGAAAUAACGUAUCAAACGAGGAAGAAGCCUUGUGGAAUGAAAAUGAGGAACAUUAACAGAAAAGAGCUAAUUUCAAAGCAAGUGGGCGUUGUGCGUGAGACUCGGAGGUCAAAGUCUCAAAAUGCGUUCCUCACUCUCUGCCAUGAGAGGAAAAGCCCACAUGGCUAGUGACCCUGUCAGCCUGUUUUCUCUAAGAGGAAGCCAUUAGUAUGGAUUCAAGGAAAGGUCUGUCUUCUCCAGGCUGUCCGGAUUCUUACAGGGAUGUGUGCAAGGCAGAAAGUGGAGCUCCCCAGGGACAAUCUGGGUCAGGAGGUGGGCAAACUUUUUGGCCUGAGGGCCACAUUGGGGUUCCAAAACUGUAUGGAGGGCCAGGUAGGGAAGGCUGUGCCUUCCCAAACAGCCUGGCCCCCUGCCCUCUAUCCAUCCCCUCCCACUUCCUGCCCCCUAACUGCCCCCCUCAGAAUUCCUGACACAUCCAACCAUCCCCCCUGCUCCUUGUCCCCUGACCACCCCUUCCUGGGACCUCCCGCCCCAUCCAACCCCCCUGCUCCCUGUCCCCUGACUGCCCCAACCCCUGUCCACACCCUUGCCCCAUCCAACACCUCCCUAAGCUCCAGGGCCACCAACUGAGGUCGGGCACCUGUAGGGUAGGUCAGACUCCGGAACUGCUGCCAGAAGGUUUCUGGGCUGAUGUCCAAGGCAUCCAGAAUUGCUGCCUUUACCCGAGCGUAGUCCCGUGCCUUCUCUGUCGAUAGCCCGCAUUACACAGUUUGGGCAGUCCUGGUCAGACACAGAGCCAGGAGGGUGGCCCAUUGGUCUCGGACCCACCCCGCAACUCACGCCACCCUCUCAAAGGUCACAAGGAAGGCCUCGGGGUUAUUGUUGGGGCCCAUCUCGGUCACCCAGAUUGGCGGGGCUAUGCUGGACGUCCCAGCGGCAUCUCCCGGCUGGGGUUUCGCAGGAUGGGGGAGCGGAGUCACCAGCUGCUGCAGGCAUUGCUGCUGGUGGUCCCGGUUCUGGCACCCCAGCUCCAAAAUCAGCUGUUGCUGCUGCACCCCUAACUGCUGCACCAGCUGCUGGAGAUGGGCUGCCUGCUGCUGGCUCACGGCCAGGAACUUAAUGAGCUUGUCCAUAUCCGUGGUCAUCCCAGGCACGUUCCUCCUCCAAUCCCUUCUCACCAGGAUCGGGGGAUCACUGCCCACAUUCUCCACCACGUGUGGAGGGGUUUGGCCAGGGCCCAUCCCUCUCCGGGGAGGCGGGGGACCACGCCGCCUCGGUACUUCCUUCCAGUUGUGACAGGGAAUUAGCCUGGCCGCGGGAGUCUCUCACCAUGGCAGCAGUAGAGGCAAACACAGACAGUUAUUUACGCACGGCCCAUGGUCAGCAGGCAAUAGUGAGUCAUGGGCUCAGGUCCUCAGGCAAGGGGUGAGCAAACAGUUAUAUAAUUAGCAGGCCCCGGGUCUGAGCAGGGCAGCAAAGAGUCAAUGGCUCAGGACCUCAGGCAUAGGCUGAAAAAGGCAGGUAAACAAUAAGCCCAGGCUCUUGGCUCAGUGGGGCCUGGGAGAGGGGGAGACUGCCACCCACAAGCUGGGUGGCAGGGGGGACGCAGGCCCACCCACUCCACUGCGUCCCAGCCCGGGGCCCUAGCAGCGGCAGAAGGCCAGCUGCUGAGUGAGUCAGGGAGGGAUCCUGGCUUCAACACAUUGACAUAGGCUUUGGCAGUGCUGCAGCCAGACUAGGGUCGGCUGCCCAUGGGCUACUUCUGAACUCCCCCUCCAGAGGUACCUGGUUCUGGAUGGUGUCCUCCGGGGGGGGGUCCAGCACCAUGGGAUCUUCAGGGAAAAUGGCGAGGAGUAGGCUUGGCAGCUCCUGUGGGUAACUGGCGAGGGGCAGGCUAGGCAGCUCCUCCGGGCUCUGGUCAAGCGGGCCAACCUUCUGGUCUGCUGCUGGUUGCUGGGGUCUCCCAGCUAGGCUACAGGCAUCUAGCCUCUCCAGCAGCUGCUCCUGUAAUGAGCUCUGGGGUUGGGCUUUUAUACUUCCUGUCCUGCGCCUUGACCUCUAGGGGGCGGGUGCAGGAUUCGCUGGCUCCGCCCACUUUGGUGUCCAGAGGAGCUUGUCCCUCUCCAGGGCGGAGGGGAACCACACUGUAAGGGCCAGAGUCUUUCAAAUGUAUAUGAAUCCACUGGCCUUGCUUUGAAAAGAUUUCAGAUGAAAAAAAAAAUGUUAGGGAGUUUAAACAGCCCUAUAAACUUAGACAGCUUGUUGGGGAGACAAUGUUGUUGGAACAUGAAUGUCUCCAUGUCGAUUCUUUAAGUAAGCAGUCUGUGACUCAGGUAGUGAGGAAAGAUCGGGUUACUGGUUUUUCAGAGCAGAACAGCCCUAUAACUGAAUCCACAAGGAUGCAGGGGACAGCAGGUAAACUCUCAUCUCUAGACAAUUUGAAUAUGACCUGUAGUCUCGUAAUGGACUUGACAUCUGAUUCCAUGUGGAAGCAGAGGUUGGUAAUGGAAGGACAAAAGAACCUUGAGUCUAACAUGCUAGUGAAAAUGGAUGGGAUCUCUUUAAGACAGAGUCCAGCCUUGGGAUUGGUAAUACUUGGGGAUCUGAAAACUAGUAAACAAGCUAGUGUCUGUGUUGAUGCAAAUUACCGGACUGACUGGGGGGAGAAAGACUUGCCCACGGCCAUUAGCAGAGGAUUCACCCAGCCAGCCAAUGGAUUCUCUUACACAAAAGAGUUCAAAUUUUGACCCUCGGGAACAGGGAGAAAGGGAAAAAGUUUAUGUGCUAAUGAAAGCCACAGGUUAACCCUAGGUUUCAGAGUAACAGCCGUGUUAGUCUGUAUUCGCAAAAAGAAAAGGAGGACUUGUGGCACCUUAGAGACUAACCAAUUUAUUUGAGCAUAAGCUUUCAUAGCUGUAGCUCACGAAAGCUUAUGCUCAAAUAAAUUGGUUAGUCUCUAAGGUGCCACAAGUCCUCCUUUUCUUUUUAGGUUAACCCUAAAAUGCCAAAACCCCAAUGGUAUUGAGCCAAAGGCAUAACAAAACUGAUUGUGAAUGUACACUUGUAAUAAAUUUAAUGUUAAUGCUAAUGUUAACUUUUCUGACUGUGGUGCGGAUACCAAGAACUGUAAAAAUGUACAAUGUGCAGGGUUUUCUGGAAAAACCCUUGAACCUAUUAGGAGUGAUACAUAAGAACACGUUGUAAAAGCCUU